AUGCGGCCCGCGACGAAAAAACGACUACACAGAGUUAAACGAUCCUCCCGACACAUACUCGAGUCCCUGCGGCAAAAGCGCACGUUUUCCCUUUCCCCCCACUCACCCACAUCACAAAUGUCCGACAAACAGGAACGCCUCACAGAGGCAGAGCUGGACAGGACACUAAAAGUUUACCUUGCGCACAAGGCAACCCGUUCCAUGGCGGAAAUUGCAAAAAAGCAAUACAUGGAGGGCAAAACGAACACAAGCGAGUUCCUGGAAAUGACAGCGGCAAUGGCGGACUCCUUGUGGGAAAAAGCCGGCGAAAAAGGAGCCCCAUCAAUAGACGUCAAGAAGGAGAUGAUGGAGGCUCACAAUAUUUUCGCAGACAAGGAACUUCAAGAGGUGAUGGACAUGGAGGAUAAGCGGAAAGAAGCCCGGGCGAAGAUCAAAGCGACAAAGGACCCAUUGGAGGGAUAUAAAACCAAGGUCGAAUCGGCGAUCCUGGCGAACCAGAUGUCCCCAAUGGCCGCGGCAACGGCGACAAUUCUACUCGGUCUGUCCGGACCAGAGGCACAAGAAAUGAGCGCCGAUGAGAGAAUUGCCGAAUGGCUGUCCAUUUUUGUCGAUGAGACGUGCUCGUCGCGAUUGCUUGCCUUCAAUGUGCAAGUCGCCGAAUCCGUCGCAGGAGGGAUGCGACAAUGGCGUAAAGUGUUGAAACGGCUGGACGCACCUCUCGUUCCGGAAACGGAACGACUCGCACACCUUAACCGUAUCACACUUGAAGCGGCUGAGAACGAGAAGCAGCGGAGCACCACCCAAAGGAUCGAAGGAGGAGGCACGCACACAACACGCCCACGAGAUAUUUUUCGGACACCGCCAAGAGACGGCAGCGAUCUCCUGGAAGGCGGCGCGCCGUACGCACCCAUCAUCGGAGCAGAUGGCUCGCAAGUCGCCGCCCUGGAUAUGAGCAGCUUCGGUGCCCUCACGGAAGAGUCCCAGUUAAGGAUGCAGGACACCAUUACGCAUCUUAUGAGGGAACAAAAAACGGCACCGCGAGUUUCAAAUCAUACCCAGGGACCCCGCAAUUCUCAGAACAGCGGGAGAGGUGUAGGAUUCCGGGGCAAUUACCGGGGAAAUGGCGGAGGUAAUCGGCACGGUAACUACCGCGGAGGCGAAGCGCAGGAGGACUUUCUGUCCGAGUCAAAAAAACUAAAGCCCGACGGGACCACCGCCGACGUUUCGAGGAAGGAACCCACACACCACCGAACAAUUACAUGCGGUGUUGCAAGAUCAUUUGCAAAAGAAGUGUGGGGAGGUGACAUGCGCGCAGGUAAGACAUCGAAUAUGGAACUCGAUGCCAUUUACAACGCAUACCUUCCAAAGAAACGGAUCGUUCCGUCGGACACGAUGGUGCACCUUGAUUGGAAACGCGCGCAGCAACUCAAGGCAAAGGUACACCGUCACGGCGUCGUUUAUUUCCCCAUCUUCAUUAUGAAGCACUGGAUCGCAGGGCUUUUGGAGAAAGGGACGCGGGACUCAGCAGAAAUACAGCUGAGCAUCUUCGACUCCGCACCUUCUCCCAUAGUGGAAGAUAAACUGCGCAAGCACUUUCAUAUGGUCUGGCCGGCUUUGCGUUUGGUGAAGAGAUUUUCACCACGUCAGGAACGCUAUAGCGACGACUGCGGUUUGUACAUGUCUGCCGUAUUUUUCGGCGAUCAUCUGGACAUACAAAUCGACCAUAGCCAAGAUAUGGCAAAGUGCAUGCGGCGCCUGCUUUACGCGGCGUCAAAACACCACCCGCCACGUGAAUAUUUCCUCGAAAAAAUGAGGAAAAUUCUGACGAACCACCCGGUGUCAAGAAAGGAUCGCUUUUACGACGAAAUCGAGCACAAGCCGUGGUUGAAGAAAACCACGGUGAACUGUGAAGACACCUUUCACUUGGGUGGAGGCGAGAGGCGCACGACGAAAUUCACGAACCCGAAACGGGAUUCGAACCGUGCAAACAAAACAUCAACACGCGCCCCACAUCCACCUCUUCACCAAAAGAAAGAGGAGGUGACGGUACGGACAAGUAGGGACCGAAUUGAGCGCAAGAAAAGCGCACCGCCGACGCGUGUGGCAGCGUCAAAAACGCCCUCUCGGAAACGUCCGGAGAGAUCCGCAAUGGAUGCUCCACUCCCACGGCGAAAAGCCGCGAAGAAUAGUGUCAGAAAAACACCACCGCGAACCUCAGCUCGCAGGAACGGAAACAAUACACGCUCUGUACGGUCGAGCGGGUUUCCAUCACCGAGAGCGGAGGUGUCACAACGAUGCGUGUCCGUCACCCACGCGCCUCCAACUGAGAACGUGGAGGGAAAGAAUACGACAAACGCGUCACCACACGUCCCGCAAGGAAAAUGCAUUUCCGAGUGGACAGAGCUCACCUUUUCUGAAGCAAAUAAAUACGCUAAAAAGGUGUACGAAGCAGUCCUGGAUCACCUGUGGGCUGCGACGGCUCUGGCGCGAGUGGGUGACGGUGUGGCACGCGGCUUGAGUGACACAGCCGUCGGACAACAGCGCGUGAGGCACAAGAUGACACCAUUGAGACCAUACAGUGUCCAGGAGAUGCUGAAGCUUCUCGGGAAAACGAUCCACAUUGCCGAGGCCUCACCGAGCGAUCUGGGGGAGGUGAUUGUCCGUGAGGAACACCAACUCGAGGAGGUGACCUUGGACCCCUCAACCGACGAAUUGUAUCUCGUCCGUGGAGCUUCAGUACCGACACUUUCGGAGGAAGUGAAAGGGUACAAAUUUCUGCUUGGCGCAAGCCUCCGGGAGGCACCGGAAGACAUGAAUGGCGCGCGCUAUCCGAGUUAUUAUGUCCUUACAAAGGAUGCCUCGGAGGCGACCGUGGGUGUGUAUGUUCCCACAGCCUUGACGCACUACAAUCCAUCCAAGCGACAGCGUGCACCGCGACACGCGUCACGAUACAUUCCUCUUCCGCGAAGUGCGGCAUCAGAGGCACACCAGGACCAUACAAACGGACCGCGACCGCGCCUGGUGAGGAGAAAAGGAUGGCCAGACGACGGCGCCGGGAAUCAACUCGGCGACGAUGAGGAGGACGGUGGGCCGUACAGCGUUCCAGGAAACCGGAAAGGCGAUGGGUACGCGGACGUCGACGCGAACAUCUCGGCCGAGGCCACGCGUGCACUCGAGGAUCUACGCUCCAAUCCUUUAAACAUGCAGGGCAGGCCUCUUUCGCAAAAAGAAGAGGCAGAGGUCUGCCCGAGAAACUGGUUCCUCUUCGCCGCGAAACCGCCACACAUCUCACAGCUGGCAUGGAGUCUUGUGCGGCCCGACACUCGCGCACACCACUUGCGAUGGUUGACGCGAAUCAAGUCGAUGAACUCGGAACAGAUGCUCAUGCGCUUUCCGGCGGCAUGCAUCGACUUGAUUCUGUCGACCGCAAGGGCCCGCAAAUGGAAGUGGGCAACCACCGCGAAGGCCUUUGCCGCGGUGGCGGGUGCGCUGCGCGACCUGCCGCUCUACUCGACGCAGGCGCGGGGUAUUCGCCUCCAGGACGAUCCCGAGUGGCGAAGCGCUUUUGGCACGGUGCAGCGCUACAUGAAGGAGUCGGUGCCGGAUGCGCCUCCCUUUGUUUCGCGACGCCAAGUCGAAGCGAUCAUCGGAAGACUCCGACUCGGUCACCCUCGUGCCGCGCUGUUCCUCGCCAUGAUGUGGGGAUUCGCAGCGCGAGCGUGCGACAUUUCCACGCUCCGAGCGAAGGACGUGACGCUGUUCCCGGGACCGCCGACAAGCACACGCGUGAAAGUCACGCUGACGAUCCGCAAGGGAAAGGGUGCCAAAACACGCGGCCCGUACCCGGUCCCAUCGAUGCUGACGAGGGACCUCGCAGCGACACUGCAGGAGAUGCUGGUCCAGAAGAAACCAUCCGAGGAGCUCUUUGCACCACACGUGGAGGAGCUGCGGGCACUGAUCGCCCAGGAGGUGCGAACAGAGAUGCGAGGUGCACAGCUGCCCUCGAUCCGGAAAGGCGCGCUACGUUGCAUGGCGGAAGCGGGUGUCCCGCUGAAGGACCUGAUGAUGAUCUCCGGGCACGCGAAGCAGGCCACGCUGCUGCGCUAUCUUGGGUAUGGCCAGCAGCCUACGGUGGAGGCCGAGACCGCAAGGGACAACGCCGGAAGAGCGCUAUUCCAGACCCUCGAGGCUGCGGCUUCCGUGUUCCGUUUUCGAUCGCAAGAGUCAUCGUGCGCGAAUCUCGGAAUCGCACCACAGGAGGUGUCGGCCAUGGUGGACCAGAUGUCCGGUUUCAUCCAAGUGCUGACGGAGCGACCGGCACUCGUGAAGCAGUGGCCGUUGCACCUGAAACGGAACACACCACUGGACAUGGAUACCGUGCUGGCGAUGCCGACAAAACGCGCCUCAACGAAGCGGUUUCUCCAGCGAAUCCAGUGCUUUCUGGAUCCCUCCUUCUACGAUGGGUUGCGGACGUCGAGGACCAUCAAAAAGUGCGUGCUCACAACGGCGGAAAUCCAACAGGCGGUCGAGAUGGGCAAGUUUGAACCGUGCCCGAUCAGCGACAUCGGCUCCCAGGUGCAAUUGCCAGAGGGCAUGCACGGCGUGAACGUCUUCACGGUGCCGGAGCUGAAAGGACGACGACGCCUCAUCACGGAGCCCCUGCUGAACCGCGUGAUCCCCAAACAUCACGUCCCGCGCGUCCACUACGACACGCGCCUCGGAAGACGACAGCGGCUGCGAUACGCCCGUUACAUGCUACAGAUCGACUUCGAAGCUUAUUACGACGCUAUCCCGAUCGCGGCGACACUCCGUAACAAGUUCGUUUUUCGAGCCAGGCAUGACGGGCGAUACUACCGUCUUCGUACUCUCCCGACCGGUGCGCGGUGGAGCGUUGCCGUCGGCCAGGCGGUGACGUGGACGAUUGUGGACAUCGACACGCCCGUCACCAUCACCACGCUCAUCGACAACAUUCUCGUGGCCGCACGCGAAGGCCAGGAGCGUGAGUUUGUGCUCGCGGUGCGCACGAUCGUCGCACGCAUCAAGGCGGCGAACCUGAUGACGUCACCCAACCGGGACGAGCUGGAGGCGAUGUCGGACGAGGAAAUCCUGCAGCUGGCGAGUGCCAACACCGUUUUUCUCGGCGAGGAAUACACAUGGAAUGGCCGAGAGCGUCUGAUCCGCAACUCGGUGAAGACGGUGGCGAAGCUGAAGCUUGCGCUCCAAAAGACCAGCCACACCAUACGCAGUCUGGCCUCGCUGAUCUCGCUGAUCUUCUUCGCGCUCCACACCACGCAAAUGAACCCCGCACGGGCAUUCAAGCUGCUGAGAGCCUACCGAGGCAUAUACCGGCUGACGUUCCGCGGGUACGACUGGGACGACGCGGUUCCUUACAUCGACUCCUCCGUGGCGCGGUCGCUGCAGGAGAUCGGCGGCGCACUGGUACAGAAUCCGUGGUGGAAAAUCUCGGACGAGAGACACCCAACGACGGACGAGGCGACCUAUGACGCGGUGGCCUUCACCGACGCGUCGCUGGAGGGCUGGGGUGCUGUGCUUCACCUCCGCGACGCGGGCGCCACAGAAAUGUGGACCUAUCGGCAGCGCUGGACCGAGGACCUGGAACGGCAACUCGGCGGCGACGACGGCGAGGCGGAACGCGUCCUCGAAAAACUGCGCCAGUACCAGCUGCGUCGCCGCGUCCGCUCGGGUGGCCGGUUCGAGGACCCAGACCUGCAGGCAGACCGCUUCCAGGCGCGGUACUCGGCACACGCGGAACCACGCGCGGCUCAACUAAUGCUGCGACACCUGGUGGAGCACCACAGGGUUCCCAACGGAGCGCGAAUCGCGCUUGCCACGGACCACCGUGCGAUUGUCAUUGCGCAGAAACACCUGAACGGUUUCGGCGGCAUUGGCAGAGGCUACGCCUUGAACAAACUUUUCGAGUACACCUACGACCUCUGGUACAACAGAGGGAUCGACGUAGUCUUUUUCUACGUCGAGGGUGCGCGGAAUCCGGCGGACGCCUACUCGCGACACUUCGGGGUGGACGCGACAGGGUCGCUGGAGGUUCACCGGGUUGAACCGUUUGGCGUGCCGUUCCUCCGGCACACGUGGUGUCCGCUAUGCGAAGAGCGGCGCCGCGAGGAGGGCGGCGAGAUAUGA